AUGCCGACGCCGGUAAGCACAGCGAGGCAAUGCUUAACAGACGAAGCGGCGCGUGCACUAGACGAGGCAGUAUCAGUAGCGCGUAGGCGAAACCACGCGCAAACAACAUCUCUUCACGCUGUCUCAGCUUUACUCUCUUUACCUUCCAACAUGCUACGCGACGCCUGCGCGCGUGCCGGAACUUCUCCUUACUCGCCGCGUCUUCAGUUUCGCGCCUUAGAGCUCUCCGUUGGUGUUUCCCUCGACCGCCUCCCGACUUGUAAAACCUCCUCCGCCGUUGCUGAAGGCAACGGCGGUGGACCUCCGGUGUCGAACUCUCUCAUGGCAGCUAUUAAACGCUCUCAGGCGAAUCAACGUCGGAAUCCAGAUAGCUUCCAUUUGCUUCAGAUUAUGCAACAGCAACAGAAUCAGCAGAAUCAAACCGCGUCGUUUUUGAAAGUUGAAUUGAAGCAUUUCAUUCUUUCUAUUCUUGAUGACCCUAUUGUUAGUCGUGUUUUCGCUGACGCGGGUUUUCGUAGCUAUGAUAUUAAAUUUGUUUUGCUUCAACCUCCACUACCUUCUAGAUUCUUCCAUCGACCUUCUCCUCCGGUUUUUCUCUGCAAUAUUGAACCGGAACCAGACCGGUUCCGGUUCGAUGACAACUCCAGAAGGAUUGUGGAGGUUAUAGCUGGGAAGAGUCAGAGUCAGAGUCAGAGUAAAAGGAAUCCUUUUUUGAUGGGGGUGUAUGCUAAAACCGCUCUGAAAAGGUUUAUAGAGUUGGUUCAAAGUGGAAAGGUUGGUUUUUUACCUAAUGAUCUUGAUGGGUUGAGUGUGGUUUCUAUCGAGAAGGAGAUUCUUGAGUUUGUUGUUGGUGGUGGGAGUGAGGAGAAGAUGGUGUUGAGAUUUGAUGAGGUGGGUCGUUUGGUGGAGCAAUGUUUGGGUGCUGGUGUUGUUGUUAGCUUCGGGGAGAUUGAGAUUUUUGUGAAGAUGAAUAAUGAUGGUGGUGAUGAUGUUGCUGCUGGUGAUGCUGUUGUGUUGGUGGUUUCGCGGUUGACAAGGUUGUUAGAGGUUUAUGGUAGAAAGGUUUGGUUGGUAGGGGUAGCAGGAACCUGUGAUGUGUAUUCAAAGUUUCUAAGGAUGUUCCCUACGGUUGAUAAGGAUUGGGAUCUGCAUCUUUUGACUGUGACAUCUGCUACUCCUUCUAUGGAAGGACUCUACUCUAAAUCCAGCUUGAUGGGGUCCUUUGUUCCAUUUGGUGGGUUCUUUUCCACACCUUCUGAUUUCAGAAAUCCCAAUAUAUCUUUACCUCUUUGCGACACAUGCAAUGAGAAGUAUGAACAAGAAGUUGCUGAUAAUUAUCCCAAGGUAGGGCCUUCUACUUCCGUGUCAACAAGUUUACCUUGGUUACAAAAAGCGAACGUGGAUUCAGAUAAAGGAUUGGGUUUGGCAAAGACUAAUGAAGAUAACACAAGUUUGAAUGCUAAGAUCUUCGAAUUGCAAAGGAAAUGGAGUGAUAUCUGUCAGCAUCUUCAUCGAAACAAAUCGUUACCUGAAAUCAAUGUUUCCCAAACAUUAACAAGGUUCCAAGCUCCAUUCCACGAGGGGUUUCGAUUUGGUACAGGAACUAGUAACUUUAAUGAAGUCCACUGCUCUAAUCCAAUUCCCUACAUGCCUAAAGAGUUACAAAAUUCAUAUCUUUCUAAACAGAUAUUACCGUUUUCACAACCUUUUGAUACUAGUCUUAUUGUCAAUGAUAAAACUGGACAUGUACCGAACGUUUCGAAAGUUGACUCACAAAGUACUCGGGCUACCUCUUCUCCUGUCACCACAGAUUUGGUUUUGGGAACCACGUAUGCAUCGGUUACUCAUGAGCCAGAUACUCCAAAAGUAAGCGAUCAUAAGAAGCAUCUUCCGCACUUGUCGGAUUCUCUUUCGACUGAAUAUGAUGCUAUGGUUGAGAGUACUUCAAACCAAAUUGCUAGAUCCUCUGGUCCAAAUUCAGACGGAAAAUUUGAAAUGGUUGAUUUCAAGUCACUUUACAAACUCCUUAUCGAAAAGGUUUGGUGGCAAGAGGAGGCAAUUUAUGCUAUCAUUAGAAUUAUGACACUUUGUAGAUCUGGUGGCGGAAAGCAUAGUCGAUCGAAUUCAAAUGUAAGAGCCGACACAUGGUUUUCUUUCCUUGGACCAGACAGAGUUGGAAAAAGAAAAUUUUCUUCAGAACUAGCAGAAACUCUAUUUGGAAGCAAACAAAACAUAAUCUCAGUGGAUUUAAACUCUCAGGACAGGUUUCAACCAUUGAACCUUGUUUUUGAAUGCCACAACUUGCUUGGGAGGAAGACAGUUGUGGAUUAUAUUGCUGGCGAGUUGAGUAAAAAGCCGCGUUCGGUUGUGUUUCUUGAAAAUAUAGAUAAAGCUGAUUUAAUUGUUCAGAAUAGUUUGUUCCACGCAAUAAGAACGGGAAAAUUUCCAUACUCACAUGGAAGGGAAAUCAGUAUCAACAAUGCGAUAUUUGUUGUGACCUCUUCUGUGUUCAAAGUUAGCGGCUUUUUGGAUACGGAAAAGGAACCGAAAAUGUUUUCCGAGGAAACAAUCCUUGAAGCUAAAAGAUGUCAAAUUGGAUUAUCGCCUGGACAUGCUUCUGAGGAUGUCGUGAGAAGCAGUAACACGAAUGUGAGGGUUGCAAAGAGAAAAGGAACAUUUCUGAAUAAAAGAAAGCUAGUCGAAACUGAAAGUAGCGAUUCCAAUGAGAAAGUAACUAGCAAGACACCGAAACAUGUCAAAGAGGUGUCACGGUCGUAUCUUGAUCUGAAUAUGCCUCUAGAGGAAGAAGUUGAGGAGGAAGUUGAUUGUGCUGACCGUGAAAGUGAAUCUGUUGUUAAAAAUCAUGAAGCUUGGUUAAAUGAUUUCCUUGAUCAAAUUGAUGGAAAAGUGGUUUUUAAGCCGUUCGAUUUUGAUUUACUUGCGGAGCAAAUAAUCAAAUGCAUUGACAAACAAUUUCAAACAACAUUUGGAUCAAAUUAUGUGCUGGAAAUUGAUUAUGAGGUGAUGUCACAGAUACUUGCAGCUGCUUGGUUAUCAGACAAGAAAAAAGCAGUGGAAGAUUGGAUUGAACAUGUUCUUGGAAAUAGUUUUGUUGAAGCUCAAAAGAAGUAUCAAAAUGUAGCUGAGUGUGUCAUGAAAUUGGUUAAAUGUGAAAGCAUUUUUGUGGAAGAGCAAGCUCUAGGAGUAUGCCUUCCACCUAGAAUUAGCUUGAACUGA